UGAGUUUGAGUUGUUUUGUUGACGUUGUUGUUUUAGUUCGUUGUUUGUUAGUUGCUGUUGCUUUGCUUAAGUCGCUAUAACGUCAAUUCGAGUUCAUGUUCAUUUUGAAUUUUAAUUGAACAAUUGAAGUUCCGUACUUCUCGUUCUGAUUUUGAUCAGUUCGUACGGUAAUAUGUAAUGUAACCUCAAAAUCUACAACUUUGUUGAGUGUUUCGUUCAAUUGAUAUAUUUCGCCUAAGUGAUACAUUUCUCAUAAACGUUUUCUUCAUAAAGAAUUUGAGUUAAAUUUAAUUUAUCGUAGCCCUAAUAUUUGGUUGGUUAGAUAAGUUGUUCAUACAAUGGCAAGUGCAUAUUCCAAUCUUCGUGAAUUUAAUGGAAAAGUUCUCGAGGUUGCACCGAAAUACAAGGCAAUCGUGCAAUUUACUCUGGACAACAAAACUGAACGAGCACUCUUAUGGUAUGAUAAGUUAAAAGUGGACAGUCAGCCUUUGCCAGAAGGUGGUUCCAUCGAUGAUUUCAUCAGCAAGGACACUGUACUGAAGUUUCAGUGCCAUAAAUUUGAUGAAAGUGGAGUUGAUAGAUGUGGGUGGUAUAUUACUUGUGCUUGGAAACAGGAAGAUAGGGAUGUUGCCUUGAAAUCAAAUGAAACUAUUUACAAUGGACUCUACAACUGUUCGGGUACAAUACAAGAGGUGAAAAAGCGUCAAGGUAUUUUGUCUUACAGUAUAAAUGGUGUGGAGGAAAACAUUUUGUUCUUAGCGAGUAAAAUGUUUAUGUCAGGUAAACGGGUAUCUGCAAAAGCAAACCUCAAUCAGUUACAUGGUAUAGAAGAAGGCCGAACAAUUAUGUUUGAUGCAGUUCCAUGUGACCCUGCUGACAAUGAUGGUCGUUGUAAAUGGUUUGCUACAGUUGUUUGGAAGGGUCGGAAACCAGUAAUGGAGUAUGAUGAUGUUCGCAAUGUCCGCAACAAAAAACAAGCAUUACCACAGCUAUCAGAUAUCAAAUCUAUCACUUCUAACCCUCAUUCUCUAUUUCUUCGAAGCGAAGGUAUGGUAAUUAGAGCGAUAAACUCAGAAUAUGCCCUUGCAUUUGGCUCUAUUAAGAAAAAUCGAUGGGAGCCUGUUUUAUUCCAUCGCAGUGCAGUCACCUUAUUUGAUCUUAGCCUCGCAGAAGAAGAUCUAACCACUAUAUUUCAAAAAGGCGAUAGGAUUUGUUUUGUUGCAGCUGCUACACCUCCGAUGAUGACCGUUCGCUGGGUAGCAUCAAAAGUACGCCCGUGUAUCGAUCCAAGUGUUGCAUACAAAUUUCAGUUCUAAGCUUACAUUAUGUGUCUCGUCUUAACUUACAUUCGAAAGUCAUCUUGUUAUUGGAAGUGUAUACUAACUUAAAAUGACCAUGGAUAACCAUAGGGGAUGUCACUGCAGUGCUUUUUUUUUUGCCUUUUUAACUUAGGCUUUCACAAAGCUGGAUUUUUGAAGAGAAAUAAUUGUUGUUCACCUAGAAGUCAAACACCUAAAACUUGUAUGGUGGAAAGAAUAGGAAUUAAAUAAUUAUUACGGUAUAAACUUAUUAGGCAAUCAACUAAGUUGGGAUAGGCUUACCUGUUGAGAGUACCUCAAAGUACCUAACUUGCUUUUUCCAAAAUGUUUAAAGGUUAAUUAUUUUACCUUUUUAACUAAAAUAAUUCUUGAUAAGAUGUCUCAUUUAACUUAAUCAUUUUAUUUUUGGAUUUGUCAAUAAAUUUCAUUUACUGUAACUAGCGUCUCGAGAUAGUUUUGAGCUAGGUCUCUCAACAGGGUUAAAUUAUAACAUUUUGUCACAAUUAUGGUAGCGUAAGUUUAAUUGUUGAAGUAAUUUGUCAAUUAAAAUAUGUACUUAGUGUACAGUUGAUAGCUUAUGAAUUGAAAAUCUUUUUUACAUGGCACACUAAAUUAGAGCACAUUUGUUAGGUUUAUCCCAAAAUAUUGUAUUUUUUAUUACAACUAUCAUUAGGCCUAAGCUAUAGACUUUUUGUUCUGUCAGGCUCUAUAAUUUAAAUUCAGGACUUUUAUUUUUGUAAAAGAAGUCAAUGGGUGAUUGAUUAGACUUAUAUUCAAUAACUUCCUGUAAUAAAUAACAAAUAGGCCUGUGUAAGUUAAUUGUCAUUGUAUGAAAUAAAACUUAAACGUACAUUCA